AUUAUACAAAGCCAUAUGGUUCUUACAUGUGCAUGAUACCCAGAAUCUUGAAGUGGGAGGUGUUAGAUUUAAUGAAAUCUAACAUCAAACUAGAGAGAUUAAUAAAUAUUUAUUUAUCUCGGUGAAGACACUCGAGCAAACAUUGUAGGGAAACUUAAUAUUAUAAUAAGAACAAUCUUUAAAAAUAUUAUUUUGAUAAAAUGGCGUAUGUUUUUAAUUUAAACGUUGGAAGCAUGGUCGAGUGCGGAAGAGAACUAACGGCCUCCGGAUGCUCGCGUCCCAGCGACGGAGGAGAAGAAGAAUAAUCCCCUCCAACGGUCAGCACCGCCGUCUCACGUUCUCCGCCUCCACUCCCCGGCCUCCCUCUGCAACCACCGGCGACGCCUCCUCAUGGACCCGCGCGAUCCGGUCCUCGGUGGAGCUCGGCCGCUUCUGCCACGCCGUAGCCCUCUACGCCCGCAUGCAGCGCACCGGCCACCGCCCCGACCCCUUUGCCGCCUCCGCAGCUCUCAAGGCCUGCGCCCGCCUCCCCUCCCGCCUCGCCACCGCCAUCCACGCCCAGCUGCACAAGCUCGGCCUCCGCUCCCACGUUUACCCGGAGACCGCCCUCGCCGACUUCUACUCUAAGCUCGACGGCCCCGACGCCGCCAGGAGGGUGUUCGACGAAAUGUCCGUGAAGAAUGUCGUCUUGGAAUCCAUCCUCUCCUCCCGCAUAAGAGCCGGAGAGUUGGGAGCCGCCCAGAGGGUCUUCGAUGAGAUGCCAGUGAGGGACGUGGUUUCCUGGAACUCGAUGGUCUCCGGGUACGCCAAGGCUGGGGACAUGGACCGCGCUGCUGCUCUUUUCCAUUGCAUGCCCGAGAAGAACCCUGCCUCUUGGAACGGGAUGAUAAGCGGGUAUAUAAAUCGCGGGAAUAUGGCAAUGGCGAGAGAACUGUUCGAUGAAAUGCCCGUGAGAAGCAAUGUUUCCUGGAUCACGAUGAUUUCUGGUUAUACGCGGAGCGGGGAUGUUGAAUCUGCAAGGGAGCUAUUUGACAAGAUGGAAAGGAGGGAUCUUUAUGUGUGGAAUGCGAUGAUCGCUUGUUAUGCACAGAACGGAUGCCCCAGAGAGGCGCUUCAGUUGUUCAACAGGAUGCGGAAGCCUGAUGUGGGCGUGCAGCCUGAUGAGAUGACCUUUUCUAGUGUCAUAUCGGCUUGCUCGCAGUUGGGGGACUUGAAAUUUGGGUUGUGGGUUGAAGAAUAUAUGUCUUCUAUUGGGAUCGAAUUGGAUGAUCAUUUGAGUACUGCUCUUAUAGAUUUGUUCAAGUGUGGAGGAAUGGACAGGGCUUUUGUGCUUUUUGAUGGGUUGAAAAGAGAAUUAGUGUCUUAUAGUGCAAUGAUCUUGGGAUGUGGCAUAAAUGGGAGGUCUUCGGAUGCAAUUAGUUUGUUUAAAGAGAUGUUGGAUGCAAAAAUAACACCAAAUGCUGUAACCUUUGUUGGGCUUCUGACAGCAUAUAGUCAUGCUGGUUUGGUGGAGGAAGGGCGCAGAUGCUUUGCUUCAAUGUGGACCAAGCAUAAGAUUCCACCCUCGGCCGAUCACUAUGCAGUUAUGGUAGAUCUUCUUGGUCGGAGUGGAAGGUUGGAAGAAGCAUAUCAGCUGAUUAGGAAGAUGCCGAUGCGUCCCCAUGUUGGUGUAUGGGGAGCCUUGCUUCUUGCUUGCAGGUUGCAUGGCAAUGUAGAGCUUGGGGAGCUUGCUGCUCGGAAUUGCUUUGAGUUGGAGCCUGAAGCAAGUGGGUAUUAUGUCCUCCUGGCUAACGUCUAUGCUGAAGCUGGAAAAUGGGACAAGGCGAAGAGACUAAGGAAGAUGAUGGUGGAAAAGGGUUAACUAAGAUCCCAGGGUUUAGCUUGGUGCAAUCCACAUGAAGACCCUUCUGUUCGAACACAGUAGGAUCGCUGUUAUGCUGCGAUUCAGAGUUAAAAAAUGCUUGAUGUUGAUGCAUUAUACUGUGAUUUGUAAAGCCAAUGACAUUUCAUUGGAGUAAGGCUGGCAUGGUUAAGGUAUGGAAUCCAUGAACAGCAGGUUCAACUAAGUGCUAGCAUUUAGCUACAUCAAACACUUCUCAGGUAUUCCUUGCUUGAAAUCUAGAUUUUCAUGGCUGAUUACCACUUUAAUGGAGGAAUUGCAUGUCUUGGCUGAGUA